AGAGAGAAGGGGGAAAAUUAUUGGGCAAAAACAGAAAGAAACGGAAAUCGAGGGAAAAUUGGGGAAAUGGGGAACAGUAUGGGGGGAAGACGGAGAGUAAAGGUAAUGAAAGUGGACGGAGAGAUUCUGAAAUUGAAGACGCCGAUUCGAGUUUCAGAGGUUUUGAAGGAUUAUCCGGAUCAUGUUUUGAUGGAAUCGGAGGCUGUUAAGCAUUACGGAGUGAAGGCCAAGCCAUUAGAGCCGCAACAGGAUUUGAACAAGAAGAAGAUUUAUUUUCUUCUACAGUUACCGAAGAUCUCCAAUCCGGAACCGCCAGAGCGCAUUCCGAGGCGAGUUCGUUCUUCUGGCGUCAAUAUGUCCGCCAAGGAUCGUCUCGACCUUCUCAUGCUUUCGCGGAGGACGAUGUCGGAGGUCGCUAUUACUAGACCGUCUCCGGUACUGGCUGCUGCUUCCUCUGCUGAGCCGCGGUUUCAUAGCGGCCCGAUGCAGGUUAAAAUGAAGAUUCCGAGAUCGCAGGUCGCUAAAUUGAUGGAGGAGAGUCGGAAUGAAGGAGAAAUCGCGGAGAAGAUUAUAAAUCUUUAUUUGAAGAACGAGGUCAAUAGCGGCGGCGGCGGCGGCGGUGGCCAUGGCGAUGCCGUUGCCGGUUCCGGUGGCGUCGACGCCGGCCGUCAUCCGGAGCCGUGGAAACCCAGCCUCGUUAGUAGCGUUAGGGAAAAUUCAAAGGUUCAUCGCGAGAAACGGGUGAGUUUCUUAGCGAUGGAUGAAGGAGAAAUUGGUUUAGCUGUAGCACCCAAUCACUAGCACACCCAAAGUUUUGGAUUAAGAGAAGAAGAUGAAGAUGAAGAUGAAGCAGAGCAUGUGGCAAGUAUAUGUAUGUGUUGUUUUUAUUGCUUCCUUCAUGUGUUCCUAAUUUGGAUAUAACUUCUCUUACAUUAAAAA